GCAGGCGGACGACGGUCGUCCACACGAGCAUCAACGACGAUGACCGAGUACGUCCACUUUUCGUCUGUUCGAUGACGACGUUCCGCAUCCGUUCUCGAAAUCUAGACUAGAUGCACGAGAAAUCACAUUCUUGCGCGAAUCGAGGAAACUAGAGAUUUUAUUUCGAUCCGUCGGAAUUUCCUCACGGUGACAAGCAAUUGUGUCCGAGGCGAACGCGGCUUCGCGUGAAAAUGUGGCGAGUCUAGCUCACACUCUCAGUAGGGAUCCGCAAACACAAUUUCCGCACAAAAUCUCGAAAACGUGCGCUUUUCCUAUAUUGUACAACUUACAAUUUUUUAAAAAAUAAUUUUGUAAUAUAAAUUUUUUUUUUUAUAUAAAUACGCGUUUCCGUUUUUUUUCUUCCACAGGAAAUAUCGCGCGCGUUUUUUUAAUCUGUUGUGAUUGUUGUUUUGCUCACGAGUGAUGGUGAAGAGUUGUUGCAACAGGAAGACCUUUGUGAUAUAUCGCAAAAGUGAUACAUGCAAAUCGUAUUUGUCGUUCGCAAUUAACAAAGAACUUUUUUCACGCGCGUCGCUGCUAAGUGGCACCGUCUCGCGAAGUAACUGUGUGAAAAGCUGCUCUUCUCACGUGUCUAUUUUUUUUUUUUUUUUGGUUUUUUACUUUUUGCGCCACAUUGAGAUCUUUCUUCUCUAAUCUCGAUUGUCUCUCGUCUUCCCAUUAAUCUCGUGUCGUUAUGGAUAUGCGAAGAAUGUCGAAUUGGAAUGUCCUGAGCGUGGAGGCCGCGCUGCAACAGCUCAACGCCUUCGAAGGAGACGACGAUUCGGAAAAGAUCAUAAGGCGUCCUAAUACGACAAUAGAAAAACUACCGGAUAAAGUUCUCUUGAACGUCUUUAGUUAUCUGUCGCAUCGCGAGAUAUGCAGAGUCGCGAGAGUUUGCAAACGCUGGCGACAGAUCGCAUACGACACGCGGCUCUGGAAACACGUGUCGCUCAGACCGGAAAUAAGCGGUCUUCACGUGAACUCGUUGGAAAAUCUGCUACACUUGAUCAGCGUCAGAUUCGGAGCGUCGUUAAGAUACAUCGAGUUGCCGAUUGAACUGAUAACGCACACGGUGCUGCACGAAUUGGCAAACAAGUGUCCGAAUCUGACACACAUGUUGCUGGACUUUUCCACUGCAAUGCAACUGCACGAUUUUUCAGAAAUGCAGGCGUUCCCCACGAAAUUGAAAUACAUGUGUAUAUGCUUGUCCGAGGUCAUCUUUAUGGAGGGUUUUAUGAGAAAAAUCUACAAUUUCAUCAACGGUCUGGAAAUUCUCCAUUUGAUCGGAACGUACGAAAAGGUCGAGGAAGAAGAGGAGGAAAUUUACGAGGUAAUCAAUGUGCACAAACUGAAAUCGGCGACGCCUAAUUUACGAGUUAUCAACUUGUACGGGAUCAACUUCGUAGACGAUUCGCACAUUGACGCUUUCUCUUCGAAUUGCAUACAAUUGGAAUGUCUCGCCGUCAAUUUUUGCGCCAAAGUAACCGGUUCGACCAUGAAGACUCUUUUUCAAAGAAGCAGAAGAUUGACGUGUCUGCUUAUGCAAGGAACAAAUCUACAAAGUGAAUACGUGAUCCAGGUCGAGUGGGAGAAAUCGAGCAUUCAGGAACUCGAUGUUACCGCCACUGACCUGUCGACGGAGUGCCUGAUCGACAUGCUCACCAGAAUUCCCGGGCUUCGUUUUUUAAGCGCCGGUCAAUUGAACGGAUUCAAUGAUAGCGUGCUGAAAGCGUGGACCGAGGUUGGAAAUCCGCGAAAUCUGAUAGCGCUCGAUCUGGACAGCUCCGACAAUCUGAGCGACGACGCUCUGAACAAGUUCUUGUCGCGAUACGGCCAUCAAUUGUACGGCCUCGCAUUAUCGGGCAUGCCGCACAUCACCGAUCAACUUUGGCAGAGCGUACUGCCGAUCAUCGUUAACGCAAAAAUACUCGUGAUGGGCACUCAAGAGAGACUGGGCGUUAACAUCCACGUGGACCAAUUGAUGGACGGUAUUGCAAACAAUUGCGCAUAUUUGGAACGUUUGGAACUGAGAUGGGAUCCGGAGAACUUGCGAUUCUCUGACAAGAGUCAAAAAGCCAUAGAUAUUUUGCGCGUAAAAUGCAUCAAACUUAAGUGCCUUAGUUUGAGCGACGGUAGAUACUACGAAAUCGUCAAAGCGAAUUUCGAGCGAGCCGACAGAAUGACCGUAGUCCGUACGACUACUUGUUGCAGGGUGUCCAAUUAUUAUCUGUUAAACAACUACAAAGAUUUGAUUUUCAAUUGAGAGAGGAAUACGACAGAUGUGUCUCCAGAGAUGCGUUUUAUUCUAUCGCUCUAAUCGUUUAUAUUGAUAUAACCACAAGUGCCUGAGAUACAGAUUCAAAAAUAUUUCUUUAUGACAGUAUUAACUUAAAUAAAAAGAAGACAAUAAAAAAUUCAUAUCACACGAUCG